AUAAUAUUUAAUAACAUUAUAGUUUACAUUAUGCUGUGCUACGAUGUAGAAUAAUAGUCAUCCGUAAGUGUGGCCGUGAAACGCACAAUGAAAGUGUUGCAGCUCAUAAUUUCCUGUUGUAUAUUUCUAACUAAUGGCAAAUUAAUAGAAAAAGUUACAGAAAGAAACAAUGGCACUAAACAAACUGAUGCACCUAACCCUGUUCGAAUCUCUAGACAGGCUUACUACGAUGAUGGUUUAGGAAUAUCCAUAGAAGACUACCAACGAAACUAUAUUAGAAAGGGAAGGUACUCUAUAAAGUCUCAAAAAGACAGUGACGAGGACUCAUCAUACACUGUGAGAGUAUACAGAGAUUCCAAUGAAAAGCGAGCAAGAUCGAAAAAUCUAACUAAUGUUUCUGUAGAGCAAACUAAAAAUGCAAAGAUUUUGAUAAAGAAACCGAUACCUAAAUUCAAUGAGAUUGAUGAAGAAGAUUUUCAAGCCAAAGUUAGAAUGAGCCCUAUAAAAGUAGCUGAUUCUAGUGAACAUGAAGACGAAGAUUUCAAUUUGGAUGAUUACGAAUUCGAUGUCAAUCACGAUGAGUUCGUCGGCAGAGGAAAACCAUUAGAACCACGUGCAAAAUCUAAAGAUAAUAAAGUCCCACUUGAAAAGGAACUGUCAAAUUCUAAACCAACUACAACACCACGUCCUCAAUUCAAAAUACAAAGUAAAGUAGUGAUUCCUGUUAGUCCUACAACUAAUAAGAAGAGAAAUAUAAUAACAAAAAAAGUUGCAGAUAAAAUGAAAGAAGACUACUACGACGAUGUUUUUUCGACAUCCACUAAAACACCAGAUAUCGAAGCAAAACGAGAACUGGAUGAAGAGUUUUUCAAUGAUUCUGGCGACAGCAAAGAGUACUCUCCAAAAACACCUGUGAGAACCAUCCGAUCACCUUGGAAUAUAAAGUUGUUGGCUGAUAAAAUGGGUAGUAAGAGUGCAAAUAUUCUUUCGAACAUUCUCGCGUAUUUACCGAUAUUCCCGGAAGCUCCAGUUUCAAGAGAAGGCAUCGUUGACGUAGCGAACCUCGAUCCAAUCACCGGUAGAGAAUAUAUGUUCUAAGCAUUUACUUAUUAUCUUUUCUUUAUUGCCUUUGAUUAGUUACUUUUAUUAUAAAAAUAAUUCAAAUUAUUCAAAUGCUUAUGGGGUUAAUAACGUGUUUUGGAAAUACAUGUUUUUAUUAUUAUUUUUUUACAUAUUUUUGUAAGUUCAUUAAUUUAAAAACUGCUUUAUUAUAUUGAUAACUAGCUUUCCGUCAGCGGCUUCGCCCGCGUGGUCUUGUAUUAUACAUAAUAAGCUUCCUUUUGAAUCACCUAUCUAUUAAAAAAAACCGGAUCAAAAUCCGAUGCUUAAAGAUUUAAGCAUACAUAGGGACAGAUAAAGUGACUUUGUUUUAUACUAUGUAGUGAUAUC